GAGGAGGGCGUCAGCGGCUUCUUCAAAGGCCUGGCUACGGGCGUUUGCGGCGCGAUUGCCGUGACACUUGGGGGGGCGGUGGCUGGCGCAACGCAGAUCGCGCGGGGUGUCUACAACACUCCGGAGGCCUUGCAGAUGGGUCUUCAGGCGAACAAGCGCUGGGACGCCGAGCAGGGAAUCUGGGUCGAUGACUGCUGCAACCUACGCAAGGAGACGGCGGAAGCUGCCGCCAUCGGCGAUGAGUCUUCGGAUGAGGAGGUUCCUGAUGAUGGCCGGCCGCAACGGAAGGUUGCAGAUACCAGCUUCUACGACAUUCUUGAGGUCAAGCCCAAUGCUACGGCUGCGGAGAUCAAGAAGAAUUACUACAAGGUGGCCCUAAAGCUGCACCCCGACAAGAACCAGAACGAUCCUGAGGCCAGCGUGAAGUUCCAGAAGCUCGCCCAGGCGUACCAGGUCCUAAGCGACCCAAAGCUCCGGGAGAAGUACGACCAAAAUGGAGCCGACGCCAUCCGAGACCAGGCGCUUCCCAACAUCGACCCGGGCCUCUUCUUCAGCAUGCUCUUUGGGGCGGAGCAGUUUGAGAAGUACAUCGGGAAGCUAG